CAGCAGUAUGCUGCAUACUGCUUCCGGUUUCUCGUGUGGCGCUCAAACAUGGCCGCUUCCAUGGCGUUGCGAAGAGAAUGCUGCUCCCUGGCAAGGAUACUGAGCAGAGUAUCAUACUCGGGAUCCCAAGUCACGGGCCAUUGUACAGGACAAAAGAAAUGGCUUACAAUUCGGCGCCAGUUCCCUAUGAGCCCAUCAUUCCACACAGCCUCUGUGGUUUUAAAAAUGGCGUCACCGAUCACUGUGACGGAGGAGCCCGACACGCUGUUCCAAAAAGUGACCGUGCUGGUUAAAGGUCACGACAGGGCCGUCUUGGACAGCUAUGAGUAUUUCGCAACUAUGGCAGCCAAAGAACUCGGCAUAAACAUCGACAAAGUUUUUGAACCUCCCAAGGACAUGGAAAGGUUUACAUUGCUGAAGUCAGUCCAUAUCUUCAAAAAACACAGAGUUCAGUAUGAGAUGAGGACACACUACAGGUGCAUUGAGUUGACUCAUUUAACAGGCUCAACAGCGCGGGUAUAUUUGGAAUAUAUUCAAAGGAACCUUCCCGAAAGUGUAGCCAUGCAGGUGACAAAGAUUGCUAUGGAGAAAAUUCCAGACCACAUCCAUGAACCCAUAUGGAAUGAUGAGGCCAUGGAUGAAACACAGAAGCCCACUCAAGAAAUGCAUACCUCCAAGGAGUGAAAAGAGAAUAUUGUCCAACCAUUCAUCCAUCCAUUUUCUUUCAUGCAUGUCCUCAAUGUUUGUCUUUGGAAUGUAGGAGGAAAUCACGGUACCUGACAAACACAAGAACAGUGAGAACAUCCACAUCUUAAUGUAGGAGGGUUAGAGCCCAGAUUCAAACCUCCGCCCACCUCAUAACUGUCACGAAGCGAUCAGCCACUUGGCUGACAUAUAUUGUCUUUAGUUGAAAUACAAAUUGUAUCUUAUUUGUGUCUGUCAAUUUCUAUCACAAAGUAAAUGUAUAACUUAAAUGUACACAUUUGUCAAAAUCGUUAUUCAUGAUGGCUUUUUUUUUUUUUUUUUUUUU